GCGAUCACGAAAACAAGAUAUCAAUAUUUUACUGAUAAAAACGAUAAUAUUUUGCCUCUGGAUGGCAAUGUGUGAUUGUUAUCGAUAGCUAAGUAUGAAAUGCGGCUUCAUGUGUUAUUUCUGAGAGUAUGAAAGAAUAGGCCAAAGAAUAUGCCUGGCUAAUAGUAAUAGACGGCUUGCGAAAAUAAAUUUCGGCCACGGUGUAUUAAUACACGUGGUAGUGUACACGAGUGCGAGACAAUACACAGCACGCAUCUCGUCUCAUCUGCACUACCAAUAAUUCCAAUAUAGGCCUACCGUGUUCGGCCAUAUUUUGAAAAGGAGUUUUCACAGGCAGUGUGAGUUUACCAUGAAUGACAUAAAAGUAAUGUUUUAAAUCAAAUAAUCACAAAAAGCAUUCGAAAUAUCAUGAACAUUUGAAGACAUGGACAGCUUGAAGUAAAUUGUUUGAAUAAGCUUGCUUAAAUAUAUUUGAAGUACAUGUACUUUUAUUCCAUGGUAAACAGUCCGUGAAAAGGGUCUUUUCAAAAUGGCCGAACUUUAUUUACGCAGGCUGUCUAUUGAAAUUCUUCUUCUGUUUCUUAACUUUGAUUUUACAUGUUUCUUCUAGCUCUCGUAUGUCGUUAUGCCUCAUACGGAUCAUUUCAAAGUGGAAAUCCUGGUUGGAGAUCGGCCCAUCCCUGAGUAUGAAAAAGAUGGUAAUAUCUACGUUGAGAGCAACCUAAAUGUCUCAGGAUUAUCUUACCAUGUCCGGCAGCGUGACAGGGUUGGAGUAGAGUAUGAAUCACAGAGAUGGCCUGUCACACCAUACAAGAUCUGUAUUCUUCCUCAACGUGGCAUACCAAAGCGUUACUUUGACAUCUUUGUUGACGGAGUAAAGGUGAAGAGUUGCAGCGCUGAUGGUAGCAAAGAAAGGAUAAUAUCAGGAUUCAAGGACAAGAACUGUGUGAGGGAAUUCUUGUUUUCCUUGCCAAGAUUUGCCAAAGACGAGGAAGACCGUCUGACUACAGGGCGUGAGACAAGAGUUAGUACAAUUGAGGUUGAGUGCUAUGAUGCAUUGCUGAUGUCAACAAAAGUUAAGUCGAGAAAACAACUCAAUUACGACCAGGCGAAUAAGAAGGACUGUGUCAGGGUCACGCAAGGCCAGUUCACCAUGUCAACAACCAAAGUUGGUAAUGUGCUCUACCGGAAGUAUCCUCACCGAGUUGUGCAUGUUUGGAGACGACUGGACUUCCUCAGCAAAGUGACCAUCCACUACCGCAUGGGUCACUCACUUCAGGAGAUGGGGUUUAGACUCAAGCCUUACCUAACACUAGCGAGAAGUGGAUCAUCGAGUGAUGACGAUGGCAAUGCUAUACCAUCAACAUCCAAUGGAAAACGCCAUAAGCCACAGAAUUCAAAUCCGAAAAAGUUAAAAAACAGGAUCUCGAAUAAUGAGCCAAUUGUUCUUCGUGACAGUGAUAGUGACGCUGAUGGCAAUUGUGUACAAAUAGAAGACAAUAAAGCAAAACUUCCAAUUUUGGUUGAUCUGACUGGAGACGAGGAAGGUGGGCCAAGUGAAUCAGGAGAUGGAGACGCCCAGGUGAAAGUGCCGUCGAUUAACAUUGAAAAUAAUAGCUGGCAGAAAGUCGAUGCUUGCAUACCUCGAGUCAAAAGUGAAAAGAACGAGAGAUCACUACCAAAGUUACAAAGGACAAAUUCAGAUUCACCCCUGUUGCGUUUGUCGCAUAACUCUCAUGAGAAUUCUCCAAUUGCUCUGAAUCUGCCUGCAGCGCAAGCGCCAUCUAUGGGGCACAAGUCUGGGGCUGUAUUUAGUUCCCCAAGUCCACCAGUAUCAGAAACUUUUUCAAAUCCGCAGGCUCCUUCAGAUUCUAGUCCAUAUGAUGCAAAACUUUUGUCUGUUGUUUCUAUGCACAGUUCACCUUUGGUAGCUAUUGCAUCUGAGAUGAUGAAGUCGCCACUGGCGAAAUGUACAACUGUGCGUAGUUCAACAGAGGCAGGAAGUUCAAUAGGAGAAGCCAGCGUGUCUAUCACUGGUAGUUCCCCGCUCGUGGCUAAUGUGCCUUUGCGAGCGAGUACGUCUUCAGCAUGUACUCAUGAAAGUGAAAAUGGAGAAAAUGGGGGAUAUGCAGUAUUUUGAGAUGUCCGUUGGUAAUUUUAGUACGUUACUUGUGUGUGUAUUGAUAAAAUUGAACAUUUUGGUUUAAAUCUGUCUUCAAUCUUGCCAAUUUGUUGUCGUUCCUGGCUGUGUUAAUGUCGAAUCAGUUAACUUGUAAUAUUGUUAAUACCUUGACAUGACAUAAGCGUGGUGUGACAUCACGUAAAUUUUUAGAUUUUCUUAACCAUUUGCCAUCUUUCCUUUACUCAAGGAACUACGAUUUUUUUACAAUGUAAUUCCUUGGUUUUAUCACUGUCAAUAACAUGGGUCAGUUAUCUUUUGUUAUCAUGACAAGCAAGAAAUUAAAGCACAGUGGCUUAUUGCAGUCCGAGCAUAUAGCUUGUGAUCGGAAGGACUUGGAUUCGAGGCCUUAGUCAAGAAAUUCUUUACUCCCGAUGCAUGGUUUUCGUAAGAUUUUAACAUUUUUGAUGGGGAAUCUUGGAAAACCUAUGCCUCUGAGAUGUUGUCAGUUUAUCCAUUAGCUUGCUGGCAGUGACGUAAUCUUUUAAGUCGUACAUUGGGUGACUUAGGCCGGACCAGUGGCAAUCUGUACUCUAAACUGGCCCUAAGUUGCCAAGUGUAGCAUGGUAUGUGUGUUUCUUGGUUUUUACAAAAAGGUUCUUGGUUAGGCUGGGGAGGAAUUAAGGUAAAGCACUUUUUUGAAUAUAUACAUAUCUUUAUUCAGAAAAAUGUGACAUUAAAAAUACAUUUCAGGAAAGGGGGAGCAUAAAAAAGCAAAGAAAUUAUUAAACCCAAUGCCCCCUACAGUUUCAAAUUUAUAAAUCUAACGUCGGCACAAAGAACAGUCCCUACCAAAAAGAAAAUCUUGCAAUGUAAGUAUUAAAAAGGGGUGGUGGAAAUCGUUGAUGAAGUUCACGGUAAAGAACUUUGUUAUUGAGACUGUACAAAAGUUAAAGAUGGUUGAUAAGAACUUCCAUUUUAUUGUAAUAUAUAUUGUGUGGAAGACUUCCAUAAAUCAUUUAUGAGAUGCUUUCAUUCUUCACUCGAGGAAUUGUACGUCAUAUUGUGGCAAAUGUCUCGACAGCCGGAACAUUUCACUCAAAAAGGCAUCCGAAAUUUGUUGAUUGAGCAGAGCACAAAGGUCAGCAGAGCUAGUCAAAUAACCUAGGAAAAUGUCUGUCUGUAUACUGUCACACCCCAAAAAAUUGGUUUUGGCCGACGUUUUUUAACGGGGAGGGCUGCACCAGAUCUAUUGACGUACAAUUGUUGCCCUAUGAAAGGGCUACAAAUUCUUUUUGAAAAUUCUGCCGAUCGCCCUUUUUUCUGGCCGCCAGGCGCCCGGGAAUCGUGAAGGCAAUAUUCGCUCGGGGAUAAAACAGUCCAUUGCGACCAAGCUUGUUUGAAUCCUACGCUGCCAAAUCCUAAAAAUUUGCCAAAUUUAGUUUGAAAUUUUAUCACCUGGGGCGCUACAAGGUAAAACAUGUUCAAAAUAUGCUAAUGUUCCCGCCGAUUGACGUCAACACAUUCGUCGUCAUAAUUAUGGUGACCCAAUUCGUUGGUCCUGGUAGAUUUCAUGCUCACAAAAUCCUUUUGACCAUAUAUUUUUCAAUGCAUCAUCAUGCUGUUAUGAAUAA